UUGACACAAGCCAUUGUUAUUAAUCCCAAGAUUAACGUUCCUAACUCUGGUACAAAAUGGAGAGCAGGAGGCAGCUAUGUUGUCAAGUGGGACACAACUUACUUUGACGGUGAAAAGCAAGUUCCUAUUCCUUCUACUCAAAAAGGCACCAUCAAGUUGGGCUAUCUUGAAAAUAAUGAUCCUUACAAUGAACAUCUCAUGUGGGACUUGGCAAGUGGCUUUAAUCUUGAUGCUGGUGCUUAUACUGUCACCUUACCUAGCGAUCUUCCAACGAGACGAACUUACAUUAUUGUCCUCAUGGGCGAUUCUGGAAAUGCAUCCAAGCAAUUCACCAUUCAAGCUUCUCGAUCUUAA